GUCCGAAGUCCUCCCCCGGCCGGCUCGGUGCCGAGGAAGCCGUGACCCCGAGUGAGGCGAGAGCGCUGGCGCCGGAAUUGCUGCCAUGUCCUACCAACCACUUAAUUGCCUGACUGAAAAGGGGGGCAGCCCCAAUGAAACCACAGGAAAUGGACCCCCCAAUCUGGAUCACACAAACCUGAACACAUUUACCCCAGAGGAGCUGCUGCAGCAAAUGAAAGAGCUCCUGAUUGAGAACCAUCAGCUGAAAGAAGCCAUGAAGCUAAAUAACCAAGCUAUGAAAGGGCGAUUUCAGGAGCUCUCGGCCUGGACAGAGAAACAGAAGGAAGAACGCCUUUUUUUUGAGAUCCAGAGCAGAGAAGCCAAAGAGCGCUUAAUGGCUCUGAGUCAUGAAAAUGAAAAAUUGAAGGAAGAACUUGGAAAACUAAAAGGGAAAACAGAAAGUUCAUUUGAGAACCCCCCUCGGGACCCCAAAGUCCCCAAAGCAGAAGCAGAACAGGAAAUGGAGCAGCUGAAGACCCAAGUGGUGCGACUUCAAGCUGAAAAGGCAGACCUGCUGGGCAUUGUGUCUGAGUUGCAGCUCAAGCUGGGCUCAGGCGGCCCCUCCGAAGACUCUUUUGUUGAAAUACGGUUGGCUGAAGGAGGAGCAGAUGUGGCAAUGAAAGAAAUCAAAACGAUUCCAGGGCCCACAAGAACUGAUUCCAUUGACACGAGCAGAUCUGCAGAAGGUGCCAGGAAUUAUUUGGAAUCUGAGGAAUUAACUGUGAGCCAGCUCCUGCUUUGCCUAAGGGAAGGAAACCAGAAGGUGGAGAGACUUCAAAAUGCACUAAAGGAAGCCAAAGAAAGAAUUUCAGAUUUUGAAAAGAAAGCCAAUGAUCGUUCUGAGAUUGAGACCCAGACAGAAGAGAGCACAGAAGAAAAGAAAGAAGAGGAAAAAGCCACAGAAACUGUUGGAAGUGAAGUGGAAGCCUUGAACCUUCAGGUGACAACCCUAUUUAAGGAGCUUCAAGAGGCUCAUAUGAAACUUAGUGAAGCUGAGCUAAUGAAGAAAAGACUUCAAGAAAAAUGUCAGGCCCUUGAAAGAAAAAAUUCUGCAACCCCAUCAGAGCUGAAUGAAAAGCAAGAGCUUGUUUAUAAUAACAAAAAGCUAGAGCUACAAGUGGAAAGCCUGAAAUCAGAAAUCAAAAUGGAGCAAGCGAGAACAGAAGAGGAAAAGUCCAAAUUUGCUGUUCUACAGUUGACACAUGACAAGCUUCUUCAAGAAUACAGUAAUGUAUUGAAAACAGUUGAAGAACUAAAACGGAAAGAGUCAGAAAAAGUGGACAAGGUGGUACUGCAGGAACUAAAUGAAAAACUGGAACUGGCAGAAAAGGCCCUGGCUUCCAAGCAGCUUCAAAUGGAUGAGAUGAAACAGACCAUUGCCAAGCAGGAGGAGGACCUGGAAACCAUGACAGUUCUUAGGGCACAGAUGGAGGUUUACUGUUCCGACUUUCAUGCUGAAAGAGCAGCAAGAGAGAAGAUUCAUGAAGAAAAGGAGCAACUGGCAUUGCAGCUGGCAGUUUUGCUGAAAGAUGAUAAUGUUUUUGAAGAUGGAGGCAGUAGGCAGUCCUUGAUGGAAAUGCAGAGCCGUCAUGGGGCCAGAACCAGUGACCCCGACCAACAGGAUUACCUCGUUCAAAGAGGAGCUGAGGAUAGGAACUGGCGGCAACAGCUGCAGCAAAAUAUACCAAUUCAUUCUUGCCCCAAAUGUGGAGAAGUUCUGCCUGACAUAGAUACAUUACAGAUUCAUGUCAUGGACUGCAUCAUUUAAGUGUUGACAUUUUGCCUCCCCCAGACUGCUGGUAAAUGUCAGAUUUCUUUCCUCCAAGAGUUCUUACUUUUGUGUUACUUGUUUUCACUCAAAUAUUUUGGUUCAUUGUGUUUGUUUUAGGAGAAAAAAUCAAUACGUUCCAUGUAGGACAUUUUUUGUGUGGAUUUCCAUAAACUCACAAAAUAGAAUGCUUAACACAUCAUUCAUCUGAUAAUAGAUUCAUGUUUUUAAAUGUUCAGUUUAUGUGAGCACUGAACUGUUCAUGUGGUUAAUGAGCAUGUGGCAUCAUGGAACAUAGUAAAUGUAAUUAGAUGGAAGUAUCGCUGAUAAACUUUAGGUACCUUUUAAGUAGGCAGGAAAAAUGAAGUGGUCACAGAUUUCUCCAAGAAAAAUGUCUCCGAAGUAUUUGUGAAAUAAGAUAUAUUGUUAUUUUUCUUCAUCCAUUUAAGACAAACCUAUUUGGGGUUGUGUAUAUAUGUGUGUGUUGUAGUUUUAUUGCAGCCACAGUAAUGUACCAAAGUUAUGAUAUGGCUUUUUUCAUAUGAGCACUGUGAGCUUUUACUUGGUCAUCAGGACAAAGGAAGAACUUUUGGCAUAGAUGAAGUAGAUACAUUAAGUUCACUGGAUUUCAUAUAACCACAGUACAAAAAAGUUAUCUUUGUUCUUUCAUUGUGCUGCAGGUAUGUGGGCUCGUACCCACAUAAUAGAAAGUUUAUUCAUGUCUAAAGAGAACCACCAUUUAUUCGUUUUCUUCCUAGAUCAGGUACAUAAUCAUAAUCACAAAAAGUUAUUGCAAAAUAACAUUUUGCUUAUGAACUGUUCACACUGGCUACUUUCAUAGGAUGCAUUUUCUGGAUUCAGCUUCAUAUAUAAGCUUAUCACUUAAUUCAGAUCUGUUUUAUUAAUUCUAUGAAUAUGAGCAAAUCCCUUUACUAGAGACCAGUAUGUAUUGUCUGAAUUAGAUAUUGUUCUUGCUAAAGAGGUAAAAAGAUAGGGAUGUGCCAUAUUUUGUGAACCUAUAGUUAUUAGCUAAUACUAGGCCAGCCAUAAAAGUAAACAAUGACCUAUGUAUCUAGAACCUAAAACAUUUAAGAGAAAAUUAAAAUAUAUCUUCUGUUUGUCAUGAGAAUCUUUCCUAGAUGAACUUGAUUUAAUACACACAUAUAUACACACAUAUGGGAUCAAACAGGAAUCAAAAUAGUUAAUUGUGUCUUCAUGCCAAGAGAACACACUGUACAAAUUCAACAGUAAUUUAGAUUAAAGGAUUUUCUCAUUUCAGCCCAGGGAGAAUGUGUGUUAAAGAUAUUUCUAAAAUUAACUAUGAAAAUUUUACUUUUAAUUUCUUGUUUAAGGCUUCUAGUUUAACCCUUUUCCUUACUAUUUUAUACUGGAGAAAAUAGAUUUCUAUAUUAUCCUAAAUAGAAAAGCAAACCAAAUAGUUUUACAUUUAAGUUUUGGGGGAUAUUAUUUUACUUUGUUCAAGUAAAACUAUUAAGCUGGUCACAACUCUGAGAUACCUAGAAAUCCUCUAAACACCUGGAGAUUAUACAACA